CUUCAAAACAACGUUUUGAUGCAUGCAAGCGGUGCGCGUAAGCUAGCAUUUAAACUUGCAAACAAAACAUUGACCGUGAAAACUUUGGUUCGUAGCAGUCAUUGAGUAUAUUUAUGUCGUGCAGGCGACGUGAAUUGCUAUCGUUACCUGUAAAUAUCUAAAUCAAGCCAUCGUUUUACGGACUACUUAUUAUAAUUCAGACUAAAAUUUAGUCUAAAAAAUGAGUAGAUACAGGCGAGAAUCCAGUGAAGAUUCAAGCUAUGACAGCGAGGAAGAACGCAGGAAAAAGGAUAUUAAAGAAAGAGAUGAAUUUGCAAGUCGCCUGAAAGAAAAAGAUGAGAAAAGAACAAAAAGAGUGGCAGUUGCCGCUGAGUCAGCUUCAGGAAAAGCUGAAGCUGCCAAAAGACUCAAACUCAUUGAAGAAGACACAAAAGAAAAAAUUAUACCUAAAUUGCGUAUUGAGUCUAGAAGAAAGUACUUGGAGAAAAGGAAAGAGGAUAAAGUUGCUGAGCUGGAGGCAGAUAUCAUAGAUGACGAGUAUCUGUUUGGCGAUGUUGAAUUAACCGAAAAAGAAAAAAGAGACCUUGAACACAAAAAAGAGUUACUCAGAAUAGCUAAAGAACAUGAAAAAGCCAGAGAACUUGAAAAUAUACAAAGGUAUCGGAUGCCACUUGAAAAAGGAGUUGAAGAAGACCAAUACCAAGAAAGGGAACAACCUCAAUCAGAACAAGCAAAAUGGGAAACCGAACAGAUGUCAUCCGCUGUUUAUAAAUUUGGAGCCAAGGAUAGAAAAGCGCAAAAAGAGUAUGAACUUCUUUUGGAAGAUGAAAUUGACUUUAUUCAGUCUCUUCAAAUGCCUGGUGAUAAAAAAGAUGAAGUUAUUCAAAAAAAGACUGAAGAAAAAAAAUUAACAACAAUUGAAGAAACACAAAAAAGUUUACCAAUUUAUCCUUUCAAAAAAGAUUUGAUUGAUGCAAUUAGAACACAUCAAAUUCUUAUAAUAAAAGGAGAGACUGGAUCUGGAAAAACGACUCAGAUUCCCCAAUAUCUGUACCAAAACGGCUUCUGUGAUAAUGAUAAAUUGAUAGGUUGUACCCAGCCUCGUCGUGUCGCAGCUAUGUCUGUGGCAGCAAGAGUAGCUCACGAAAUGGGUGUCAAGUUAGGUAAUGAAGUUGGUUAUGCCAUUCGUUUUGAAGAUUGCACAUCUCAUCGUACAAGAAUAAAGUACAUGACGGACGGUACAUUGCACAGAGAGUUCUUGAGCGAACCCGAUUUAGCCUCCUAUAGCGUAAUGAUUAUCGACGAAGCUCAUGAAAGGACACUACACACGGACAUUUUAUUCGGCUUAGUAAAAGACAUCGCCAGGUUUCGUCCAGAUUUGAAAUUGCUCAUUUCAUCAGCGACGUUAGAUGCUACGAAAUUCAGUGAAUUUUUUGAUAAUGCUCCGAUAUUCCAAGUUCCUGGAAGGAGAUACCCUGUAGAUAUAUUUUACACCAAAGCACCCGAAGCAGAUUACGUUGACGCAGUUGUAGUAUCGGUUCUACAGAUCCAUGCAACACAGCCAGACGGAGAUAUCCUUGUGUUUUUGACAGGUCAAGAGGAAAUUGAAACCUGUUUUGAAAUGUUAAAUGAACGCGUUAGAAGAUUAGGCAGUAAGUUGAGGGAGUUACUGAUAUUACCGGUCUAUGCCAAUUUGCCCAGCGAUAUGCAGAACAAAAUUUUUGAGCCCACGCCGCCUGGCGCCAGAAAAGUCGUUCUUGCCACGAAUAUCGCGGAAACGUCCUUGACGAUCGACAACAUAAUCUACGUCAUCGACCCAGGAUUCGCCAAGCAGAACAACUUCAACUCUCGCACCGGUAUGGAGAGUCUCAUGGUGGUGCCUAUAAGCAAGGCUUCGGCGAAUCAGAGAGCGGGCAGAGCAGGACGCGUCGCCCCGGGCAAAUGCUUCAGGCUCUAUACGGCUUGGGCGUACCAGCACGAGCUCGAGGAGAACACCGUGCCGGAAAUACAGCGAAUCAAUCUGGGAAACGCCGUGCUUACGCUCAAAGCACUGGGCAUCAACGAUCUCGUGCAUUUCGACUUUUUGGAUCCUCCGCCGCAUCAAACGCUCGUACUGGCUUUGGAGCAAUUGUAUGCUCUCGGCGCUCUGAAUCACAGAGGUGAAUUGACCAAGCUCGGUCGAAGAAUGGCCGAGUUCCCGGUGGAUCCGAUGAUGGCCAAAAUGCUCUUGGCCAGCGAAAAGUACAAAUGCUCCGAGGAAGUAUCCACGAUAGCAGCUAUGCUAUCUGUCAACGGUUCCAUUUUUUAUCGUCCCAAAGACAAAAUCAUUCACGCGGACGCUGCUAGAAAAAAUUUCAAUGUCCCCGGGGGAGAUCAUCUGGUACUUCUCAAUGUUUAUAAUCAGUGGCAGGCAAGCGAUUAUAACAUUCAUUGGUGUUAUGAAAAUUUCAUCCAGCACAAGUCAAUGAAAAGGGCGAGAGACGUCAAGGACCAAUUGGUUGGCUUAAUGCAAAGGGUUGAAAUGGAUAUCGUUUCUGGUAUCACGGAGACUGUAAAUAUAAGAAAGUCUAUUACAGCUGGCUAUUUUUACCAUAUUGCAAGAUUAUCAAAAGGGGGACAUUAUAAAACAGCGAAACACAAUCAAACUGUUCAAAUUCAUCCAAGCAGUGCACUUUUUGAGGAAUUACCUAGAUGGGUCUUGUAUCACGAGCUUGUAUUUACUACCAAAGAAUUUAUGCGACAGGUAACAGAAAUAGAAUCCAAGUGGUUACUGGAAGUAGCCCCACACUACUACAAGCCAAAAGAAUUGGAGGACUCAACAAAUAAGAAAGUACCUAAAGUUGUGGGACGGGCUCAAAAGGAUAGUACAAGUUAAAUUAUUUUAUGGACUUUAAGGUUAUAAAUAUUUAGAUCAUAAAACUGUAGUAAUUUUUAAGCACUGUAAAGAAUGAAUUGUAUGUAUAAUUGUAUACGUAUAAGAUGUAUACACGUAUAAGAGUAAACUUUAUACUGAAGAGUUUCA